AUGGGAAACCAAAAGCUGAAGUGGACAGCGGAGGAGGAGGAGACGUUGCUCGCCGGAGUUAGGAAGCACGGCCCAGGAAAGUGGAAGAAUAUUCUCCGCGACCCUGAUUUCGCUGAACAGCUCCAGAAUCGUUCCAAUAUCGACCUCAAGGAUAAAUGGCGUAACUUAAGUGUUGCCCCUGGCAUUCAAGGCUCAAAGGAUAAGAUACGGACACCAAAAAUCAAAGCUGCUGCUUUUGAAAUGGCUAACGCUGCAGCUAAUCUCGUUACUCCAACUCAUAGUGCUAACUGUUCUCCAGUUGCUCCGCUUGCUCGUAGUGGAUCUGAUUUGAGUAUCGAUGAUAGUUGUAACAUUGUGUUUGAUUCAAAGAAUGCUCCCAGGUAUGAUGGGAUGAUAUUUGAAGCUCUUUCAGCCUUGCCGGAUGCUGAGGGAUCUGAUGUCACUGCAAUUUAUAACUUCAUUGAGCAACAAAGACAUGAAGUGCCAAUAAAUUUUAGAAGGGUCCUUAGUUCAAGAUUGAGGAGGCUUGCUGCUCAGAAAAAACUUGUAAAGACGCAGAACUUCUAUAAGAUGAAUGAUUAUAGCUUGGUAGCAAGAACGCUUGUGGCAAGACCAAAAGAUAUCAAUGUGAAACCCCGGCAGACAAACAUUCAAAAACCCUCAGUUUCGGAGACGAAGGUUGUUGAAUCCUCAGCAACCGCAGCUUUUAAGCUUGCGGAGGCAGACUUCAUAGAAAAUGGGUUGCAUGAGGCUUCUGUAGAGGAACAAAGGGUGAUAGAACUAAAUAAAGCAGCUGAGGUAAUGCUAGAGAUGGCGAUAGGGCUGCACGAAAGAUGUUCUCAGGGAGGACUUGUGGAUUUGGAUUUGGCUUGGGUUUGA